UGCCUUAAAGUUCUCAACACAGCCAGGAGACUUAAGUUGCCCUCUGAAAAGCAUCCCUUUGUUUGCACUUGAGCAAUACAGGUGGGUCACCGAUAGCAUCAGAGUCAGCUUGUGACAGCAACAACCCAGGCACAGCCAAAGCUGAGCAGUAGGAGUGGGAAUGAAGCAGGCAAAGAGAGUGGCAGGCAGUUCCUAAUAUCUCAGGGAAAGGACGGGAUCAUUCCACAACAGGAUUUGAAAUUGAUCAACUCUCUAGCCCAGCCAUCCAGAGCAGCCAGCUAAGUCUCUCUGUGGCUGUCAGCUUAACUCUGAUGCUGGUUCCUGUGUGGUAGGGGAGUUAAAUAGGACACAGACUCGGAGAGAAGCAAGCCUCUUUGCUGGGAAUUAAGGAGGCAGAAAAAGAGAGGAAAGAAGGUGGAAUUUGGACAGAGACCUGGCAGGAAAGGAGAACAUCUCCAGAUUAGCCAGAUUGUUGGUCAGUCCGGCAAGAACGUGUGCCAGCCUGGCAGGCAGGCACAAGAUACUGUGGGGAAAAGAGCACCCAUCAUGUUGUCUCAGAGUGGAGGCUACUGGUGCAGCAACAGGCUUUCCCUGAGAUGGAAAGAAACUAGCUUGCUUGCCUGUUGGCUUUCAUUCUGUGCAGCAGAGUCCCUCUUUGCUUGCCCAUCCUCUUGUAAGUGCAACAGUGGUACUCUGGAGGUGGACUGUAGUGGCCUGGGUCUUUCAUCCAUCCCUUUUGACAUUCCUUCAAAUACUAGGACCUUACUUUUCCUCAACAACCAACUGAGCACCUUGUCAGAACAAACUUUUUCCAACCUCUCUGCUCUCCAGAGACUGGAUCUUUCCAACAACUUUUUGGACCAACUUCCUGAGAAUGUUUUCAGAGACUUAGUGAACCUCACUGAACUACAACUGAGGAACAACAGCAUCAGGAAUUUGGAUAAAGAGCUUCUUCAGAACACUGUUCUUCUGCGUCAGCUGGAUCUCUCCAUCAAUGGGCUUGCUCAAAUACCUUCAGGCAUAUUUGAUGACCUCCCUUCUCUCCGUUGGCUCUCUCUCAGGUCAAAUCGGCUGCAGAAUUUGGACAGGGUAACUUUUGAGCCAUUAGUCAGCCUGCAGCAGUUACAAGUAGGAGACAACCCCUGGGAAUGUGAUUGUAAUCUCAGAGAUUUCAAAUACUGGAUGGAAUGGUUCUCUUAUCGAGGAGGAAAGAUAGACCAGCUGGCAUGUACUCUUCCUAAGGAGCUGCGGGGGAAGGAUAUGCGCAUGGUGCCCAUGGAGAUGUUUAACUACUGUUCCCAGCUGGAGGAUGAGAACAGUUCUACUGUACUGGACAAUAUUGGCCCUCCUUGCAGUAAGGGAACAUCUGCUCCCAAACCUAAAACAAGUCCUGAAGCAGAAGAGGAGCCCAGUGUGGGUUGCCCCCAGAAGCAAAGGUAUCGGCCUGUCAGUGUGCGGCGGGCCAUUGGCACAGUCAUCAUAGCUGGGGUGGUUUGUGGUAUUGUGUGUAUCAUGAUGGUAGUGGCAGCAGCUUAUGGUUGUAUUUAUGCAUCCCUCAUGGCUAAGUACCAUCGGGAACUGAAGAAGAGACAGCCAUUAAUGGGAGAUACUGAGGGAGAACAUGAGGAACAAAAGCAGAUCUCCUCUGUGGCAUGAAUCUGGAAAUCAGUGGCAGAAGAGAGCAGGAUACAACAGAGGCCUAUGGCCUGGGCAGUUUUGGCUUUUCCCAGACAUACAGAUGGACUGUGUUGCUUUCUCUUUGUUCAAUUAGUCAAAUAUGCUUUGUCAGUAUACCUGCCUCUGGUUCCGGUUCCUCUGACUUCCCUCUGUUCUCACAUAGUUCCAGGGGAAUAGACCGUAGUCAGACCUCAAAUGCUCAUCACUUCUCCUCUUUGCAGAAGACUCCCUGUUGAUGAUCUCAUCUGGGGAACUCAGGCAACCUGGCAUACUUUUCAUCCUUCCUUCACUUCUUGACUUCUUUGCAAGUUCCCAUAACAUCACAGAACCUUUUGCAAGCAAAAUGAGCAGCCAAAGGCAUCAAGCCAAAUCCUGUUAAAACAACUAAACUUCACGGGUCACUGUGAGUGGGGUCACUGACAUUACCAGAUGGCAAUCUGCUCCUUCCCGCCAGCUAUAUUGGUUAAAGCAAUUCAUUUCACAACAACUCCAGGACCAAUAUAAAUGAGUGCAUUACAGCAACAGAGAACUUGACUUUCCUACAUGGAACACUAGAAAGGAAUGAAUAUUUUUUAGAAUAAAAAGCAGUACUUCAUACACGCACUCUGGCAUGUGCCCUGGUCCACAUAUUAACUGUUUGGGAGAAACACAAGCUGAUUACCUAUCUAUGUAUACAAACAUUCCUAUACAUACCUGUGUUCCAUUGCUUACUACCUGUACAUUCAUAUUUGUUAAACACUAUAAAAUGUACCAGCUUUCCCUCCUCAUAUGGAUAAUUUAUGAAUCCUGCAGUGAUCAUUUAAAAAUACUAGAAAAGGAAAGAUGGGACAGGAGAGGGAACAUGGAUGAAUGCUAAAGGCAUUUACUUUGGGAAAGUUAGUGUGCAUGGUUCAAAAGGAAAAAUGUUUUUCCCCAAGACGUUGGAGAAUUAAUCUAAAGGCUUUUACAGUUUUUGUGGCAAAAGUGGUCUCUAGGGACCUUAUCACAUUGGAGGAAUCCUAUUCAGGCACGGGAUUUAAAGUAGAUUUAAAGUAGAAAAAACCUGCAAAUGUGGGAGGUUUUUCACACGACAUUUCUGCAAACCAGAAAUAACGUGAAAAUAAAGGGGACGUAAAGGGGACAAAAAUGACACCUUUUUACUUUCGGGAAGUCCCUAGGAGCCUUUAAGAGAAGAGCAGUCUUUCUGAUCUCCUUAGUGAGUAUGUUGGGGAGGAGCAUGGAAAUGGUUACAAGUAUGUCAGACAUGCUGGAGAUCAUAGCUGAAAUCCUCAGUGUAGGCAUAUGUGUGGUUCCACAUAUGCACUGCAAUGAUCAGAUGGGGAGAACUGGGGAAAUAUGAAUGAAAAAACAAUGAGGAUCUGUGUAAAAUGGAAGAAAGGAGAAGCUGUUCAGGGAUCUGAAAAUGUUAGUCAGCUCCUCACACAAACAGUUUGCUGGUACAGACACUCAUAUAAUAUUUUCACUUGUGGGUUAAUAUACCAAGAACCCACAUAAGAUUCCAACUAAAAUAUGGAUAAUAUUAAUGUUCUGGGAAACAUCUAUGGACAUUAUACAUGAAUGUACAUAGACACACAAAGGCAAAAUAUCUGAGCACAUGCAUUUGCACAUUACUCAUUGACCAUUUUUACUCUGAAUAUCUUUAACAGGUCUUCAGCACUUCACAUUAGUCUCAUCUCUUUUCAAACUGAUGGCAGAGGUUCAGGGGGAGGAGGAGAACCUACAUAAGGACUCAUUUUAUAUCAGUGAAAGUGGGAUAAAGUGUUGUCUCCAGGGGAGAGUACAUAUUGCCAUGGUAACCUGCUCUAGCCCGUCACAGCGGGUAUUCCUGGGAUAGGAAGAUGACACGAGAGGUCGUGCAGCCGCAGUUUUUGUGGAUACUGUGAUCCUUGCAGUCAUGAAACAACCUGGCAGCUGGCCCAGAUUCUGAAAUAUCUCUCCAGCAACUCAGGAGCAGAGCCCAGUUGGGCAGGGACCAGGUCAUCAGAGUUCUUCCUUCUUCUUCUUCUUUUUUUUUGGGGGGGGGAUAUUUUGAUGCCUUUAGAUGAUCUGUAGUUCUUUCUUUGGCUGUUCCUGAUGGUUCUGAACAAAAGCAGUGCUCACUGCCUUUUAAUUCAUGCCCAAAUGCUCUGUCAGCAAACAGGAACACUGUGAAAGACUUGAUAUUCCAUCCAGGGAGCAACAAUCAACCUUUUCCCCAUGCUAUUUGCCAAGGACUACCAGAUCAAUAUAUAUAUAUGAACAUACUUCUUGAGCAGAAAAAAAAAUCCAAUGGAACUUCAGGGAGGCCACUGUGGGAAAUUGACUGUGGCGUUUCAGUUUAUGAGGCAUGUGAAGAAAGUCAACAUCAAUGCAAGGAACAAAUCCACAAAUGGAGGAUAAAGAUUGUCUCAUUAUAUACCAUCUUUAUAGUGCAGUUCCUCCAAACACCCAGCUCCACUUCUGCUUUAUCCCAGGCUGAUGGGCAAUCUAGCCAGUGUGUCUAUGUCUGUAUUGUUCCUACUAUUUAUAUACCCAGCAAAAAUGUAUUAGCAUUCUGCUUGCUGGAUAUAUGACUCCAGUGUUACUGUCUUUAUCUUCCCAAAGGAACUUACCUCUGUAACAUACUGGACAGCACAAUCAUACUUGAAAUGGGACUUAUGUCAGAGCUGUAUAUUUAUAGAUUUCUAUUUUACUUGUAAGGAAUAAUGAUGACGUUUGCACAAAUUAAAUGAUGUGUGCAUGUGUAUUUAGGGGAUGAGAAGCACUGGGAAAAAAAUAUCAAAAGGAGGUGAGAGAAGGGAAAAUCCCCUUCCUCUUCCCAUCCCCUAUUUUCACCUAUGACACGUUUCCCUUGUUGCCAAUAAUACUUUGUUUUCCAUGUUUUGUAUUUUUAGUUACAACCUUACACUUUGUUCUGAUUUCUCAUUGAAAUAGUAUUGAGCUGACCCUGAUACUUCCAUAUUUAGAAAUUCACAUAUGAAAAAGGGAAGUAUGUGAAGGGACAAAGAAAUAGUUUGUUGAACAAAGUAGAGGAUGAUGAAUGGAUAUUGGUUGGUUCCAAAGAUAUUGGAACAUUUUGGGAGUACAAUUGCCUAUGGAG